ACUGCAGUGUUUUCCGUGCUCAACUCAACUUCUUCAUUAUUAUUUUAUAAAAGAAAAAACAUAUGGAAAAUUGCUGGUAUUUGACUUUUUUAUUUUGUUUGUUAGAAAAUUGUAUUUGAAUUGGGUUUCCUAAUCAAAACGUUAGUUUGUCAUCUCUGUCUCUAAAAUUCUGUGUUUGUGCCCAAAUGGGUACAAAAGAUAAAAAAUUCAUAGCUUUGUUCUUCCGGGUUAUACUAAUCUACAUUUUUUCAUCUAAAUCCUGCUCCGCAGUUUAUAACAUAACAUCAUCCCAAGCUUUAUCUCAGGGCCAAACUCUGGUCUCCUCCAACCAAGUUUUCGAGUUAGGCUUCUUUAGUCCCAAUAAUUCUGAAAAUAAGUACGUGGGAAUCUGGUAUAAGCAAAUCUCACCCAUUAGAGUUGUGUGGGUGGCAAACAGAGACAACCCUAUUACAGUUGCAGACUCUCCACCAACUCUAACCAUUGGCAGCAAGGGAAAUCUUGAGCUCUUGGACAGAAACCGAAACUCUGUUUGGUCAACCAAUAUCAAUAUCCAAUCUAAUAAUACCACAGUGGCAAUUCUUUCAGAUUAUGGAAACUUAAUUCUUAAAGAUGGUACACAGAACUUAUGGGAGAGCUUUAAGCAUCCUGGGGACACAUUCUUACCAGGAGCAGAGUUGGGUUUUAAUGUCAAAACUGGGGAGAAUUUUUUCCUGACUUCAUGGAAUAGCAAUAGUGAUCCUUCAGUUGGAAAAUUCACAGUUGAAAUAUCAAAACAGAAACCUCCAGAAGCAAUCAUUUGGAUAAACGGAUCAGAGAGAAAACCACGCUGGAGAAGUGGUCCAUGGGCUAAGAGUAAGUUCUCUGGUAUACCAGAGAUGAAUACCUUUUAUCGAAGUUAUUUCAAUCUAGUAGAAGAGGCAGAACAAGGAACGACACGUCUUCGUUUCAAUUGGGACUACAACAACUCUACAGUCCUAAAUAUGUUCCUCACUUCUGAAGGUGUUGUAAACAUUGUAGGAAAAGAAAGCGAUGAAAGUGGCUGGUGGUACAAGGACUGGGAGGCACCCGAGACUCCGUGCGAUGUAUAUGGAGUUUGUGGUCCUUUUGGGGUAUGCAAAGACUCUCAACCUCCCAUUUGUGAGUGUUUGAAAGGAUUUCGACCGAAAUCGUUGGAAGAGUGGGGCAAAGGAAACUGGACUAGAGGCUGCGAGAGACGCAGCCCAUUACUUUGUGACAAAAAUACUAGUGGCUUAGCCAAUUCCCAGAGAGGUAAAAAAGAUGGAUUUUGGAAGAUAGACAAUGUGAAACUACCCGAUUUUUACGAAUUUGUGGACCCAGUAGAGCUUGAUCGUGCUGAUAGGGAGAGCUGUCAAAUAAGGUGUUUAAAUAAUUGUUCUUGCAUAGCUUAUGCAUAUGUGGAUAAUAUAGGAUGUUUGGUCUGGUCUCAAGGCCUUAUUGAUAUCGAGUGGUUUUCAGAUGGUGGUGAAGAUCUUUUCUUUCGUCUUGCUCACUCAGAGCUAGUUGGAGGAGAUAAAGUUAAGAACAUAAUCAUCAGCCUUUCAGUUAUUUCUAGUGUUGGGAUUAUAGUUGUCAUAGUGCUAUGUUUGCUAAGAAGGAGAGCUAGACGACAGGGAAACAAAAAGGAGAUCACAGAGCGCAUUGAUUUGAUACGAAGUGACAACUUGAAUAAUCUUCAAUUUUCAAAACAGCCUGACACCUCCGAUCUUCCUACUUUUGACUUGGGGACCAUUUUACAUGUCACAAACAACUUCAGUCCAACAAACAAACUUGGACAAGGAGGAUAUGGCUCUGUUUAUAAGGGGAAAUUGCAGGAUGGGAAGGAAAUAGCAGUUAAAAGGCUUUCUAGUAGCUCAGGACAAGGCACAGAAGAGUUCAAGAAUGAAUUGAUAUUGAUCUCAAAACUCCAACACAGAAAUCUUGUUAGGCUCUUGGGUUGCUGCAUUGAGAAAGAAGAGAGAAUACUAGUUUAUGAGUUAAUGCCCAACAAAAGCUUGGACAAUUACAUAUUUGAUCCAAGAGGAAGAGAACAGCUGAAUUGGGAUGCACGGAUGAACAUUAUACUUGGAAUCGCCAGAGGUCUUUUAUAUCUUCAUCGUGACUCAUCUUUAAGAGUAAUACAUAGAGAUUUGAAGGCCAGCAACAUUCUUUUGGAUGAGAAGAUGAAUCCAAAAAUAUCAGAUUUCGGAUUGGCUCGUAUUUUCCAGGAAACAGUAGAUACGGCAAACACUCAAAGAGUUGUUGGAACUUUAGGCUACAUGUCUCCUGAAUAUGCCAUGAGCGGAGUCUUCUCAGAAAAAUCAGAUGUUUUUAGCUUUGGUGUCUUGAUCAUAGAGAUAGUGAGCGGCAAGAAGAAUUCUAACUUCCAUUAUUAUGAGCAGAACCUCAGCCUUGUUGCUUAUGCAUGGCAAUUAUGGAGUGAAGGCAAAGGAGUGGAGUUUGUAGAUGAAGCAAUGAGUGGCUCAUAUGUUGCAUUAGAAGCAAUAAGAUGCAUACAUGUUGGGCUGUUAUGCGUACAAGAUCAUACCACAGAUAGACCAAGCAUGCCAGAUGUAAUUUUCAUGCUCAGCAAUGAAACAAAUCGUCCUCAACCGAUUCGACCUAUAUUUACUUAUCAUAAUUCUCCCAGAUCGCAAAAUGCUACAACAAGCUCUGUCAAUGAUGCCACGGUCUCAAUGAUAGAAGGGCGUUAAAACUAAGGGUGCAUUUAGUAUCAAUUUUUUAAUGAGAAAAGUGAAAAUUUAUUCUAAAAACAUAUUCUAUACUAUUUUCACUUUUUAAUUUUUUAA